AUGUCCGCAGACGCCUACAGCAACGACGUCGCCGCCGAGCACAUCCAAGAGCUCAGCAAAAUCAAAGAAGACGUCCCCAAGCUCCUCACCGCUGCCAGCCACGCCAUCAACGCGCUAACCAACCGUCCACUCGCCUCCGACGACCCUUCUCCCGAUCCCUCCUCCAACUCCACCUCUGACCCCCUCGCCGCCCGCAAAGAAGCCUACCAAACCCACACACGGACGUACUUCACGCUCGUCCGCGAGAUCUCCAACAACCUCUCGCGCGAGAUCGGCGCGCUCGAGGACGCCGGCGUGAUACCGGCGAAGGCCGAGAGAGUCGAGCAGGCACAGAAGCAACAGCAGCGACGGCAGCGCGACGGCGGCGGCGGCGGCGCGGGUGCCGAGGUCAAGAACGGCGGCUUGGGCGAGUUGGACGUCGGCUGGCUGAACGCUCGAACGAGGGACGUGGGCGUGGGCAAGGCGGGGGAGCUGGUGGCCGAGGCGAGGAGGCGGCUGGAGGAGAGGAGGAAGAGCGGGGCGCAGGACGCCGACGUGAGUAUGGAAUAG